AUGGAGACCAGAGAGGGAAAGACCCAGUCUGGCCAGAGCUCUGAGGUGGUGGUCUAUGAGCAGCUUGAUGAUGGCAAGAAGCCCCACCAGUACUUGGAAUGUGGGAAGAGUUUCCUCACGAGCUACCACCUGAUCAUCCACCAGAGGAUACACACUGGGGAACGGCCCUAUGAGUGUGGGGAAUGUGGGAAGAGCUUCAGGUUCAGCUCCCACCUGAUCAUCCACCAGAGGAUCCACACCAAUGAACGGCCCCACAAGUGUGGGGAAUGUGGGAAAGGCUUCAGGAGGAGCUCCAGCCUGAAACUCCACCAGAUGAUCCACACUGGGAUACGACCCUUUGUGUGUGGAGAAUGUGGGAAGGGCUUCCGUGACAGCUCUUGCCUGAUCAUCCACCAGACAAUGCAUAUUGGGGAGUGCCCCUACACGUGCUCAGUGUGUGGGAAGAGCUUCAUCAAGAACUCCAGCCUGAUUCUGCACCAGAGGAUCCACACUGGGGAGAGGCCCUACAAGUGCAGGGAAUGUGGGAAAAGCUUUAGGCAGAGCUGCCAUCUGAAUGCCCACCAGAGGAUCCACACCGGGGAGAGGCCCUAUAAGUGCAGGGAAUGUGGGAAAAGCUUCAGGAGAAGCAGUGGGCUGAUUCUGCACCAGAGGAUCCACUCCAGGGAGAGGCCUUACAAGUGUGGAGAAUGUGGGAAGAGCUUCAGCCAGAACUCCAGCCUGAUUGCCCACCAGAGGAUCUGCAGUGGGGACAGGCCAUAUGAGUGUUCUGAGUGUGGGGAGAGGUUUUUCAGAGCCAAUACUGUCUCCUCAAGCAUCAGCAGAUUCACACAGAAUAGAGGCCCUUCUGCUGCCCUGACUGCAGGAAGGGCUUUAAGAAAAACUCCACCUUUGUCACCCACCAGCAGAUCCACACUGGGGAGAGGCCCUGACAGUGUCCUAAGUGUGGGAAGAGCUUCUCCCAGAACUCUGCUGUGACCCAACACCAAGGGAGGCAGCAGUAAGGGAUGCCCUACAAGUGCCCUGUGUGCAGGAAGAGUGUCGCCUUGAUUUUUUAAGAUUUUCUAAGCCUUCUGAUGUUUACAUUCUUGUAGCAAACUUUCUCACACACUUUCUGUAAAUAACUUAUUGUUUUGCAUUCUUUUUUAGAAGAAGAAAAAUUUGAUGGACUGUUGGUUUGUCCAGUGUCAUUGGAGAGGUGGCACUUUCACCCUCCAAUCCACUGUCACUUUUAGAAAACUAUAAAUGUUGGAGUCAGAAAAUAAA